AUGAGGCGGCAUAGUUGGAUAUUCUUAUUUGGAUUCAUUUGUUUAGUUGGAGCUGAGCCCGAACCUUUGGUAAAUUUUAAUGAUUGGCACUGUGGAGCUAGCAGCAUUGAUAAAUAUUUAUCACAUCAGACGGUUUACGAAGAUUGUCCUAACUUGAUGCGUAAGUUUUUUGUUUAGUUUGGUUCAGGUUUUAUUGAAGGAUGUGCUAUAUUACACUUGAUUGCUGUGGGUGGUUAGGGGUUUUGAAAGAAUUUGCAGGUUUUUGAACAAAUUGAAGGUUUUUGUUAUUAAAAUAAGAUAGAGGAGUAUCUUAGCUACGUUUUAAGUGUAAUUCUAGCUUCUUUGUCUUUUCUUUAACAAAAUUAAGAACAAUAUUACGUUACCUAUAUUAAAAUUUUCUCUUUCAGCCGAUGUCAAUGACUGCUGCCGAGUUCACGAUAACUGUUAUGUAAUUCAUGCUUCUCAACAAGAAUGUGAUGCUGCGUUUUGUGAAUGUUUAUCAAACCAUAUGAAAAACGUUUGUCCUCAAGUUGCAGACAUGUUUUGUGCCGUUGUUCAGAUCUUCGGGAAAGCAGCACAUCAAAGUGCAUAUAAAGGAAACAUCACUGUCGUAGAAGCUUCACCAGCUCUUGUUGAUAGUAAAAAUGGAAACCAAGGGUAUUCUGAUGUUGUAAAAGUUCCUUCAGAAGCUGAUCCAGACGUUAGAGUUGAUCAAAAUUCAAAAGCAAUCGAAAUCGAUCCAAGUCUUGUUGUUGUUGAUGCGGUGCCAGAAGAUUCAGACAAUAAUGUUGUACUAGAGGAUUCGAGCAAUAAUGGACAGGAUAGCAAAAGAACAAACUCGUUUUUGGAUGAAGUAUCAGCAGAUGAAAGUGGAUUGAAUGUAGUGGGUAAUGAGGUGAAGGUUGAAGUCAUGGAUAAUAUGGAAAGGAACAAGUUGAUCGACUUGAUGUUUUUUGUCAAUGAAUAUGAGAUGUGCUUUGUGAGGGAUGAACAAGGUUGGUUAACAAUUGAUUUGAAGGAUCUUUUUUAACUUUUAAAUCUUUUAAAUAAAGUUUUUGCUGUUUAGGUACAUAAGAUCAGUUUUUCAGUUAGUUUUUGUCAAUAUAGACCUUAUUUUAGCUCUGGAAUACUGCAAAGUAAACGCCAACGAAUUCAUUCGAGUCGAAAUAGCAGAUGGUCUCAAAUCAACCUGUAAUUGCUUGUUAAACAUCCUCAAGCUUGACCAACUGAGAUCUAACCGAAGAUGCAGAUCAAAGUUCGAAGAGUUUUGCCCGGUUGAUCAGAUCAAUGUCAAUGAACCCGAUGCAAAUUUUUGGGACACAACAAUGAGGCUGGGCUUCACGUUACCUGAAAAGAUUCUGAUCGUAUCUUUCUUCACACUGUGCGUGUUAUGUUGCGUUUUAAUUCCACUACAUUUUCAAAAGAGCAACAGGAAAGGGGAGAGCGUUAUUCACAGUACGUUUUGUUGUUUUUUGUUAUUUUAGAUAGGAAACUGGGUUGAUUUUAAAGGUUUUUCAAUGCGAAGUAUUUUUAGCGCGAAACCUAUCUUUUCAAUGUAAAACUAAUUUAUUUUUUGGAUUUUUUAUAAAAGCUUAUUUUUUUGCUAAAAGAGGAAUUUACGUCAUAUUUUACAAGCCUAAAGCCCGUCAAAAAAAACGAUUUUGUUUGAUAAAAAGCCUAUUGAAACCAGUCCCUUUCGAUGACACCUGAAAACAAGUGCUUUCGCAAGCGUCGCCUCAUUGGCUCAGGGGCAGAGCGUCUGUCUAGUAAACAGAAGGUCGCUGGUUCGAUUCCAGCAUGAGGCAGUUGUUUUUUUUGCUGAUUUUUCUCUAAAUUGUUAUUCUUUUUUGGUGAUAACAACUUGUAUAAAUUUCUAAUGUUAUUUCGAAAUCAUUAAAAUGAUUUUAGGUAUUAUUUUUUAUUAAGACUUGAUUAAAAAUUAAGAUUUUUCGGUUAUUGACAGAUUUUUUUUUGCCAAUUUUUGUCAUUUUAGGUCCAUUCUCAACAUUCAAUCACGAAUCCAUCUUUCAUCCAAAACAUCAGCGUGUACCGGACAGUCAAGCCUACCUUGUGGAUUCGGAUGAAGAAGAGUUUGCGUCAAAUUCCUCAAAUUCAUCUACCAAUCUGCCAAUGUUACCAAUGAAGGUGGAGCUGGCUGAAGACGCCUUGAAUUCGGACGAUGUUCGGUCUACUGGGUCUUCUGAUUGCUAA